AUGAGUAACUGCCAAGCUUGCUGUGACUGUGAACUAGGCCCCAGAAAAUCCAUCCAGGAGCUCAAUCAACUUAGAGCCUCCAACCCGGGAGAGAGCUUCCCUUGCACCGCCAGGCCAGGGCAGUCAGGGCCCUUCUUCCACCCGCCCACUCUUCUGGCGCGGCCCUUCUGCCGACACCUCCCCAGUUAUCAAUACCGCCUCUUCGCAUUUCGGAAGAAACGGGAAGCAGCUCCUGGUAGACGAAGAGGAAGACAAACCUACAGUCGUUUCCAAACCCUAGAGCUGGAAAAAGAAUUCCUUUUUAACCCUUAUCUGACCAGGAAGAGAAGAAUUGAGGUCUCCCACGCCCUAGCCCUCACGGAGAGACAGGUAAAAAUCUGGUUCCAGAACAGGAGAAUGAAAUGGAAAAAAGAGAACAACAAGGACAAAUUCCCAGUUUCCCGACAGGAGGCAAAGGAUGGAGAAACCAAAAAAGAAACCCAAGAGCUGGAGGAAGACAGAGCCGAAGGCCUGACAAAUUAA